CUGCGGGCCUUCUGCUGUCCCAGGUGCCGGAGGCCACCAGCUCCCCCAGCAAGGGACAAGCAAGGAGGCCGCAAUCUCUUCGCCGGCCAGGCCAGGGAAGGGCACUCUGUGCGUGCUCAGAGAGAGACUGUGUCAAGAGGGAACUCCGCGCAUGCUCUGGGGCCCGGGUUUCGCGGAGCGCUGCCCCCGCCGCCGCUCUCCUCUCCUGGGACUCGCCGCCGGGGGCGAGCUCGAGGCCAGCCCGGCUAUCUCCGCCGCCGCCGCCGCCGCCGCCUCUCCGUCCGCUCUUCGUGCAGCAGCAGCAGGAGGAAGCAGCAGGGCCCGCAUCUGCGGCGCAGCGGCGCCCUCCCAGCCCCGCAGGCGGCGGUGCAGCUCCAGCGCGCCCAGCGCCCUCGCCUCCCCCGCCCGCCCGCCCGCCCCUGCUAGGCCCGACCUGCUCGGAACGGCGCCUCCGUCCGCGCCGCUGCCGCCCCAAAGCCCGGCCUGUGCCGCCGCCGCCGCCGAGAGACUCCUCGCCGCCGCCGAGCGUGCUGCGACUGGGCAGCCGCCCCUCCGCCCGCCCGCCAUGGCCGAGUGGACCCCCGCCCAGGCUCAGGAUCGGGAUGCUGAAUCCCAGAGGCUCCCCUCUUUGCAGCCCUCCGUUGUCCCAGAAUGGCCCUCGGGGCCAGUGGUGGCCGAGGCUUCUUCUAUGUGGACCGUGGUGACUGCUGUCCAGGCCCUGGAAAGCAAAGUGGAUUCCUUGGCUGCACGGCUGCUCAAUCUGGAGGGCAGGACAGGGAGGGCUGAGAAGAAGAUAUUUGAAUGUGAGAAAACGGAGCUGGAGUUCGGGAACCAGCUGGAGAGCAAGUGGACCGUGCUGGGGACCCUGCUCCAGGAGUACGGCCUGCUCCAGAGGAGGCUGGAGAACAUGGAGAACCUGCUGAAGAACCGGAACUUCUGGAUCCUGAGGCUCCCACCUGGUGCCAACGGAGAGGUCCCAAAGGUGCCAGCUCUCUUUGAUGACAGCACAGUCUUCUCCCAGGAAGAGUGGGAGAACCUAGAAGACUGGCAGAAGGAGCUGUACAAGAACGUGAUGAAGGGGAACUACGAGUACUUGAUUUCUCUUGACUAUGCAAUCUCUAAACCAGAUAUUUUGUCCCGGAUUGAACGAGGAGAGGAGCCUGGUGUCCGGGGUCAGCCCAACUCCGAAGCAAGAGAGAGCCCUGGGGACCCUUCCUCUGUGGGCUCUCCUGUUUCUAUUCUCGAAAUUGCUUCGGAUAUCAAACAAGAGGAGGAACCUCUGGCAGAGGAGGAGGAAGAUGAGGGUGGAAGGAAUGCAGAUGGGGAAGCCAUCGCCCCAGUGGACAGCUGGCUGGUGAGCCAAAAGGAGAGGAUCCCUGGGGAGCCACAGUCCCCCUGGACGCUGGCAGAGAGGUCGGAAGAGGAGGGCGCCUCCCGGGAGACGAGUGGCUGCUGCAGUCCGGGGGAAGCGCAGCCCCUGGGGUCCCCCGAGAGGGCCACCCCCCUGACACUGGAGCAGGACUCUGGCUGGCCGAGCGGCCGGGCGGCUGCCCAUUCCCGCCCCCCGCAGGACCCACACGCGGAGCCCUAUCUCUGUGCCGACUGCGGCCGCUGCUUCACCCAGGAGAAGUGCUUUGCCCGCCACCAGCGCUCCCACGCCAGCGAGCGGCCCUUCGUGUGCCGGGAGUGCGGCAAGGCCUUCGUCCACCAGUCGACUCUCAGGACGCAUCACCGCACCCACACCGGGGAGAAGCCCUACCCGUGCCCCACCUGCCCCAAGCGCUUCAGCCGGCUCUCCACGCUGCUGGAGCACCAGCGGACGCACACCGGGGAGAAGCCGUACGCCUGUGCCGAGUGCGAGAAGCGCUUCAGCCGCCUCUCGACCCUGGUGGAGCACCAGCGGACGCACACGGGCGAGAAGCCCUACCAGUGUGCCCAGUGCCACAAGAGCUUCACCCGCCUCGCCAACCUGACGGUGCACCAGAACACGCACGCCGGGGAGCACGCCUAUUCCUGCACGCAGUGCGGCAAGAGCUUCACCCAGAAGACCGGCUUCCUCAAGCACCUGCGCAGCCACUCCCGGGAGAGGCGCUACCAGUGCCAGGAGUGCCCCCAGCGCUUCCUCUGCCAGUCCUGGCUGCUCCGGCACCAGAUGAGCCACUCGGGCGAGAGCCCCCAGCGCUUCGUCCAGAAGGAGCAUCUCCUCCAGCCCCAGAGGAGCCACGCCGGGGAGCGGCCCUUCCUGUGCCGGGUGUGCGGCAAGGACUUCCGCUGCCAGCUGAGCCUGAGGCUGCACCAGAGAGUUCAUGGCGCCUUGUCCUUCUCCGAGGACCAGUUCCUGCCCCAGAUCCCGUGUGUGAAACUAGAGAAUGUGGGGUGAGGGUUUGGGGUGCAGGGGUUAUGCUGUUGGCAUCCCCAGCUCUUGAGCCCUGGGGUAGGAUGCUGCCAUAUACGGAGUCAGACCAUUGGUUUGUCUAGCUCUGUGGUGUCUACCCAGACUGGCAGCGGCUUUUCCAAGGGCUGUUUUGCUGUGAGACCCGGUCGAAGGCGGGGGCCAGAUCACCUGCCUGCAUCUCGGCAGAGGAGACUGGGCCAGCUUUGGGUCAGGGAUGGAGGCGCUGGCUGUGGGGCCGGGCUAGCUUCCUGUUGCAAAUAAACCUGAUUAUGCACAG